CACAGCUAAACAGACGAGGAGCUUCAUAAGGCAGCGGGUGUCGGGGGUCUGUAGUUAAACUACGGACUCAAACGCGGGAAAAAUAUAGAGUUACUUAGACUGUCGGGAAACACUGUGGUUUUCUUUUUACAAGAACGAAGACCGAGAAGAAAUCAGCAUCUGGUGAGUAAAAGCUGAGCAAAAAGCUGACGUUAGCUGGUCAUCUUGCUAGCAUAGGGAAGCAGCCAGUUGUGAGAAUAAAUAAAUAGUCCAGAUUUCUUCAUGUUUGGUCUGGACAUUUAGGGAGUGGGAGACUGUGGGGUAUUGGUGUUUCUUUUGAGUAAGCAGAAAUCUGGGUUAUUGCUCACCUUGGGUAAAUUAAAAUAAAAACCUAGCAUUUGCACCUAAAGAACUUCAAAAAUGGAGUUUCCAGGUUUGGGUGACCACUGCUCUGAGAAGACCUGUACAUGUUUAGAUUUUCUUCCAAUGAGAUGUGAUGCCUGUCAGGAGAUUUUCUGCAAGGAUCACAUCACCUAUGCAAAUCACAAAUGCACAUCAUCCUACAAAAAGGAUGUCCAGGUUCCAGUUUGCCCGUUGUGUAAUACUCCUAUUCCCAUCAAAAGAGGAGAGAUGCCUGACAUUAAAGUCGGAGAACACAUCGAUCGGGACUGCAAAUCGGACCCUGCACAAAGAAAGAGAAAGAUAUUCACAAAUAAAUGUUCUAAAGGUGGCUGUAAACAAAAGGAAAUGAUACGAGUCACCUGCGACCAGUGUCAUUUAAAUUACUGUCUCAAACAUCGACACCCACUAGACCACGAUUGUAAUACUGAUGGGAAGCCUUUUUCCAAAUCUGGACAUGCUGCUGUAAUGAGGUCCCAAGUUGCUUCUUCCUCUUCUGCCUCUAGUUCUCGUUCAUCUGCUUCAGGAAACCCUAGACCUGUUUCUAAUGGUGUAACUGUCAACAACAGAGCUCACAGCUCAGGCUCUGCCCCGCGGAUUCCUACAUCCGUUUCAGCACAGAAUGUAAUACCCCCUUCAGCAUCAAUUCAGGCCGGCAUGACAGAGGAGCAGGCUUUACAAAGAGCACUGGAGAUGUCUUUGGCUGAUUCGAGGCCAACUGCCCAGCUGACCCUCAGCCCUCAGGAGCAGGAGGAUCUGGCUCUCGCUCAGGCUCUUGCUGCCAGCGAAGAAGAGUACAGACGCCAACAACAGAGACAACAGGGAAGAGAGACCAAACAGUCCACCUGCUGCCUUUCUUAGUCUUGGAGCUCCAUUUUUGCUCUAAGCAGUGCUAAUUCGUAGCUGGAAAAUGCACUACUUAGAUGUCCAUACCCGGAAUAAAUGAUUGUUCCAUGAAGAAUUACUCAUGAAAGUUGGUGCAAUAUUGCCGCCUUCCACAUAUAAGCACAUAUACUUUUCAGCAAGAUCUGUCAUUUUUAUGAAUUAGUUGUCCGUGUAAAUAUUUUAUAUGCUAAUCAUUAUGAAUCUAUUAUAUUGCCUCAUAUAGAUUUUGAAUAAAUUAAAGGUGCGCUUGAAUUUUAACAUAGACCCUUGAUUGUAAUGCACUUUAACUACAGUGCUGAGGGUUGUUAUUAAGGCAGAUCAGGAAGUCCAUCGGAGAAGUGAGGUGGAAUAAAUUUGCCCACGCGUUUAGUGGGAAAUGUCA